UUCAUUUGACUGCCGCACACACAGGAAGACACCACGCGCUUACCGGCACAUUGGCAGUUGUACCAGCUGGAAGCAGCCUUGCGGACUCAGAGCUCCUACCUGCUUCUCUCAGUGUGACACGCAACUGUCGCUUUCAAGUUUACUGGUUUUCGUGGUUUCAGAUUAUACUGUCCGACUCGUAUACACCAUGACUGUGGGGCGCUUUAGCUGAGUGGCUGGACAGCUUUUUGUGUCAGAUCACCAGCUGGACAGGCAGACGCCGGGCUUGACAGACCAGUUGGACGGAGAUCAUAAAGGGGAUCUUAAAGGCUGUUGUGUUGCCCGUAUCACCACCGGCUGCUCUGCCAGACCUGCGUUUUGGAUAAAGAGCUUCCAUCGGCUGCACUGUGGCUGACCGGUGACCCCGAUCUGCAGCCUAACCCUCUUCUGGGUCACCGCUGAGCUAAUAGAGGUGGUCUGGCUGGGCCUGAUGUGGAAUUUGACCCCAGCUGACCCUGUCCCACAAGUAGCCUUUCACUGAUCCUGGACUCAGUGGAAAGGAAGGAUAAAAGAGCAAGAGAGGCGACAGAGAAGAAAGGAGGAAGAAAAGGAGAGAAGUGAGAGCAGCAGCACAGCGACUGCUCCUCCAGUAUGCCAGUGGAGACCCUGCGGCCAUCAGACGGCCGUCUGGCCGGGGUUCCCUUCACCUCUGCUAUGCCCUUCAGGAUACUUAACAAGGGUCCAGACUACUUCCGUCGUCAGGCUGAGCCUGGGGCCCGUAAACUGAGUGCUGUAGAACGCCUGGAGGCCGACAAGGCUAAAUAUGUGAAGAGCCAGCAGGUGGCUCUCACCCGCCAGGCCCCCAUCAAACCACCCAUCAUUCGCAAGCCCCUCGUUCCUCCAGGGAUGAUGCUCCAGUGUCAGAUCAGCACUCCUCCAGCUCGCAAAGUUGCCCGCUGCCCAGCUGAUGUGGAGAAUGGAGGAGGGAGAGAUGGACCAGGAGGAAGAAGAGGGCCUGCUCUUAACCUGGAUAUUCUGAAUAAUCUUAUCAAUGAUGUAUGUGAUGGACCAAUGCCCUCCUCCCAGUCCUCUUCAUCCACCUCCCCCUCCUCAUCAUCCCCUUCAUCGGGAGCUAAGAGCAUCGGCAGUAGCCUGUCAGUAGAACAAGAGAGGAGCAACCGACUCCUCAACAACCUCAAACCAUUGAAUCCUGGCACCGUCAACUCCUCAUCCACCUCCUCCUGCACUUCCUCUCCACUCAACAACAACCUCCGGACCCCUGCAGCGGAACCCACCCGCCGUCCGCCCCCUAUACCAGCACGAGUGCCCCGCAUUGGGGUUCCAGUGCCCUAUAGUUCCCCUAACUCAGUGACAGUGCGCAGGGUGGAUGUUCGGCCUCAGGCUGAAAUAAGGAAACCUCACAGGGCUCUGCUGCAGCCCCAACUCAGGCCCAGACAGACUGCCCAGGGCCAAGUCGCACACCCCCAAGUCCCACCUCCACCACCUCCUGCACCCUCUCAGAACCAACCCCAACCCCAAACCCUGCCCUCCCCUCCUGUUUACCUGCCGCCUAGUCCCAUGCUGGUUCGAGCUGGCAUGAUCCCACCAGCCUCCCCUGCUUUCACUCGUAUUUCAAAUGCCAGCUCCAAGGGGUCCAGCCGUAAGCACCCAUCCUUGCACCGCUCAAAGUCAGACUUGAGCGACCGAUACUCCCGUGCCACGGCCGACCUGGAGCGCUUCUUCAACUACUGCGGGCUGGACCCAGGGGAAGUUGAGAGUAUGGGCGGAGUGGAGCGCUUCACAAGAGCCAACUCAGACAUUGUGUCCGUCUCCAAGCUCCGCAGCGUUAGCACGCCCAGCUCGGAGUGUGGGGACGAGGCCUUCCCGGCGAGGGAAGACUGCGGAGACGAGGAUGACGACGACGGGCCCGCCAGAGCCAACGAGCGGGUUCCUUAUGGCAUCUCCGUCAUUGAGAGGAAUGCUCGAGUUAUCAAGUGGCUGUACGGCAUCCGUCAGGCGAGAGAUGCUAACAACGCUGUCUCUAACGUAUAGACUGGGGAGGACUUGAAAGAAAAAACAGGGAAGCAGUACUUUUUGUACGUUUACAUACGUCUGAAGAAGGGAAAGCCCGUCUGCUCAUCUUCUGCUGCCUUAUGUGACAUUUAAGGAUAAUCCAGUAGUUGUUUUUUUCUGUUUCCUCUGAAGACUCACACUUGUUUUGGAAAUUACACAUUAGUGAUUGAUACCUGGGCUGCAAGUCAGGACUGCUUCCCUGCAAGACUCCAUGGACGAUACAUUUCCCUUUUCCUCCACUUGAUCUUGUUUAACAAUACUGGUAUACGAAAGCAAUAAUAGACUGGCAUAAAUGCUGAUGGUGAGGAUGAAGGCAGAGGAUGUUUGCGAUUGUGGUUCCUCAUGUAAAGGUACUUUGUGUGUGUGUGCAUGCGUGCGUGCGUGUGUGUGUGUGUAUGUGUAUGUGUGUGCGUGCCAGAGAGCUCCGCAGCACAAAGCCACUGGAACAUGGCUUCAAGCUGCCAGAGCCUCUGAUGCUACGCAGCGCAAUGACUGUUGAGCAAGCUGGGAAGAGAAUCACGUUGAUACUGUGAAAUUUCACAAAAAAAAGCUUCCAUAAAACACAUUUGUAUUUUCAAAAACCUUUUGGCUGUAAGACUGUUAUUCUACAAAUUUCUGUCAGCAUGCAAGUGAAACGUUUGUAUACAUUUAUUUUAGGGUUUUGUCACAUCAGCAAAGCACACACUUAACUCACACAGAUAAUCACAUCAUGGCACAAACUUUACAUUCAGGUCAGUUAGAGUAAAUAUGAGAGCAGGUGCAGUCAUGCUGUCUGUGUAUCUGAGCAUAACAUUGUCUAGGUUUGUGUUUGCAUCUGAUACACAGUCUCAUGUCUUGGAUUAUGCUGCACUGGUGCAGCAAGAGAAAUCUGUUUACUAUGUAUGUCUGGGCACGGAUGAGAGAGCAAGUCAUGUGAUAAGGAAUGAUCUCACAAGUGGAUGGUCGAAGUAAGUGUAGCAUGAAAAAGUUAUUUUGCCUCCAGUAAGAAUGGAGAGAUGGGUAAAAAGAAGACUGAAAAGACUCGGAUAGAAAACAAAGAUAUCUGUGGUGGUUCUGAAAGUGUCUCAGGAAGAUGUACUUGGCAUACUAACAAAAAUGGACCAAUAUUUAUUUGGAAAAUGUAAUUUAAUGUAUUUUUUAAUAUUGGACAACUUUGUGUACAGAAUUCAAUCUUUGAAAGUGCAAUCUCAUCAUAUCUACUACAAUGACAGUAUAUGUAGGAUCACAUUUAGACACACAUGCAAUUACAGGCACCAGUCACAUGCUCAGUGUGAAUGUUGUAAACAGGGGAAUGCCAGUGUAACAUGUGCCCCGCUGCUCUGUGGGGAGCGGCAAAGAAAGUGAGACUGUUUUGUAUUUAUUUGACUUCCUGUUUGUCGCAGCGGGAGCGAGACUGUGCACGUUCUCCACCUUCUGCAUCUACUUCCUUUAACUUUUUAGGAUAAACAGUAUGAGCACCAGCCAGGUUUUUCUCUUCGUACUUGUCACAGGUAGAUGAGGAGCAGUGUACAGCGGGAGUCAGAUCAGAGGGCUGGAGAACACGACAGCAGCGGCAAUGAACAAUGUGUGCUGUUGAAUCCGGCACUGGAUGCCCAAAGAGUCUUCAAGUGAGAGAUCCAAAAUGCUUUACCAUGGUGUAUUCUAAACAAUUAAUAAUAAAAAAAUGUU